CCACAGCGGCGUCAGGGCAAUAACAACAAACAUGUCGGACGCGAGACCUGACCACGUUUAUCAGCUCCGCAUUUUUUCAUAAUUUAAGCCCUUAAAUUGCAACACUUCUGGAAAAUUUUUGUUCGCCGAUGCUGGGAUCAAGUUCGGUCACCGAUUUACAAAAAUGAAAAAAAUCCUAGGAGUCAAAUUUUGCCGAGGAGACCCAGCAACGCGGAAUAUAUAACCACUGCUCAUCCUCUGUUUGUUAAAAUAAAAAUAGAACCUUUUGAAGAACACCUCAGACAUCAGCGGUAUCGACAUCAGCCCUGCUUUGUGGAUAAUGUGCUUCAUCAAUUAGCUUUGGCAACGGCCGCGCCACAGAUGGACGUCGGCCAAAGCCCGCCGUCGUUCGCCACGGGCAGCAAGAAGUUCCGAGUAGUCACAGAAGACACGGUCAUCCUGCCGUGCGAGAUCUACAACUUGGGUGAUUACCAAGUGGUGUGGAAGCGGGGCGCCAACAUCUUGACGGCCGGACCGCACAAGAUCUACCCUGACAAGCGGAUCAGUUUGGUCAACAGCACCAACCUGAAGAUCAAAGACAUCACCACAAAGGACGCUGGCGACUACGUCUGUCAGAUCUCGCUGCUGGAGCCCAUCACACUGACCCACACUCUAGAGAUUCUGGUUCCUCCGCGCAUCCAGAAGGUUUCCAACAACGGCGGCCUGGAAGUGAAAAAGGGCUCGACGGUGACUCUGGAGUGCAAAGCAUCAGGAAAUCCUGUGCCCAUCAUCACCUGGUCCAGAAAGAACAACUUGCUGCCAUCUGGCGAGAAGUCGGUGGAAGGAUUCUCCAUCACCAUCGAGCAGGCCAACAGACACCAGGCUGGAGUCUAUCAAUGCAUGGCCAGCAACGGCGUGGGACAACCUGUCCUCAGGGACAUCACCCUCAGGGUUCAGUACGCUCCUGAGAUCGAGGUGGAGCGUAAUUGGGUCCAUUCCGGCGAAGGGUUCGAGGCCCAAUUAGUCUGCAUCGUCCAUGCCGAACCACCUGCUGAGGUGCUGUGGUUCCGCGAUACGCUGCGGCUGGACACAACAGAAAGGAUGUAUGCAGAGUCCAGGGGCAGCAGACACACCCUCUUCAUCCGCAAAGUGGACGCCUCCGACUUUGGAAACUACAGCUGCGCCGCCGAUAAUGCACUCGGCAAGAGUCGUCAAUUCCUCGAGCUGUCAGGCCGUCCGAACCGAGCCAUUUUCCUGAGCAACCCCCACGGACGCUUCAGGGAUACGUACAACAUCUCCUUCUCUGUGGACAGCUACACGCCGGUCGAGGAGUACAAACUCUACUUCAGGAAACUGCCCGACAACGACUCUCUGCUGUUCGGAAACCACUUGGGACACGGCGGCAGCGAGCGCGGCAACAACCACCACGGCAUUCCCAUCAUCGGCGGGUACAGGGGUGCGAUGGGCACCAACGAGUGGCGGGACGUGAUCAUCAACGUGGACAGAAACGACAAGAGCACCCGCCGAGUGCACUACAUGAUCCACGGCCUUGAACCCGGCACCGAGUACGAGGCCAAAGUGCAGGCGCGGAACCGCUUCGGCUGGAACAACGUCUCCACCGGAUUCCGAUUCGACACUCGCGGAUCAGAGAGCUCCCUGUACGAUCCUGAUACCGCCGAGUUCGCAGAACCAGAAGUGCGUGACCUGGGGAUGACCGCCGCCGCCGGAGGUGGCAGCUCGAUUCGAGUCAGCGCGGGCCAAAGCGGCCUCUUUCUAGCCUUCACACUUUUCAUGUUUCUCACGGUGGUCGGUGCAGCCAGCUGCGGUUGCGUCGCAUCAUAGACACCUCAAAAGUUAGGUUGUGGCAAAGUCCCUCCUAAGGUGCACAAGAGUGUGGCUGGGCCGAUUCAAACUGAAUGGGUGCGCGAAUGAGAAGAAUAUGAGCUUUGAUAUGAGUGCGUCGAUCGUCAUCCUAGGCUUAACGUUGCAUUUAAGAAACAAACACUCCACCCAUUAACUACGGAUCCUCUUCAAUACCAUAUUUCUGCGUAUAUGCUUUUCAAUGUUGCUACGACCUGAUUUAACAAGAAGCAAACCUAAUUAUAAAUUAAUCACUAAAAUGCAGUCGAAUGUGCUUAGAAAUUACCACAGACUUCCAACCACUUGCAUAUUUGGGAACUGAUUUUUGUAAUUAUUUAUAAUCACGGAAUUUUGGACUUUUUUUAAAAUCAAUUUGAAAAACCUGUAAAUAAUGAAUGUUGUGACCCACACUCACCCAUAUAUGGAUAUUAUUACACAUGCUGAUGAGACUAUGCCAUUGAAUGUAAGCAGCAUUUAUUGUUACCACCCUAUCAGAAAUUACAAAAAAGGGCAGUGAAUUAUGUCAUAGCUCGAGAGUAAAAAAAAAAAAAAAACCUCUGAAAUAUUUCCGAUAUUUAAAAAAAAAUAAUGCUGCCCUCA